GCUGUAUCGUCUUGCGCCGUUCCUGGAUGAGGAUGGUGUCGUGCGGAUGGAAGGUCGUACAGAAGCGGCGGAAUAUGCGGCAUUUGAUGCGAGGUUUCCGAUCAUUCUGCCGAAGGACCACGUGGUGACUCGAAGGUUAUUAGAACACUACCAUCGGCAGUAUGGGCACAGCAGCAGAGAAACCGUUGUAAACGAAGUUCGGCAGCGAUUCUACAUUCCGUGUCUCCGAGCGCUAGUAGAUCAAGUGAUGCGAGCCUGUGUGUGGUGCAAGAUUCAAAAGGCGAAGCCAAUUGUUCCGAGAAUGGCACCCUUACCAGGGCAGCGUUUGGCGGCGAGGGUCGAUCCGUUUUCGUACGUCGGCAUAGACUAUUUUGGUCCACUGGAAGUGUCUAUUGGCCGAAGGAAGGAAAAGCGAUGGGUGGCACUUUUCACGUGCCUAACUGUGCGAGCGGUACAUUUGGAGGUGGCGUACAACUUGACGACUGAGUCGUGCAAAAUGGCGAUCAGGAGGUUUGUAAAGCGGCGUGGCAGUCCGAUCGAGAUCCUUUCGGAUAACGGCACGAACUUUGUCGGUGCCAGUCGAGAUCUGCUGAAGGAAAUAAAUCUAGCAUGUGCGGAUACCUUUACCGGUGCGAGGACUCGUUGGACCUUUAACCCACCGGCUGCCCCACACAUGGGAGGUGCGUGGGAGAGAAUGGUGCGCUCGGUGAAAGAGGCACUAAAAACGUUCACAGAUGGUCGGAAGCUGACGGACGAGAUCCUGCAGACGACACUGAUCGAGGCGGAGAACCUGAUCAACUCUCGUCCACUCACCUACGUGUCCACCAACGUGAAGGAAGACAAGGAAGCGUUGACGCCGAACCACUUUUUGCGUGGUCGUUCAUCGGUCGAGUGUCUGCCGUCGAGGAAUCCCAUUGACCUGGCCAACACGUUGCGUAGUAGCUACCAUCGCGCACAGUUCUUGGCGGAUGGAUUCUGGGAUCGUUGGCAGAGGGAAUACCUGCCGAUGUUAAACAAGAGGUCUAAGUGGUUCGUGGAUCAGCGACAAGUAGCGGUUGGAGAUUUGGUGUUCGUGGCAGAUGGAGAGAAGCGAAACGUCUGGGAGCGAGGCGUGGUGAAGAAGGUGUUCGUUGGGAGUGACGGAAGAGUCCGUUCAGCGUCCGUUCAGACAAGCAGAGGCGAGAAGGUCAGACCGGUAGCGAAGCUAGCCGUUCUGGAGGUCACUUCGAAGGAGUAAUCCCCGUACUGUUCCUGAUGGAACCAGCCACAGGGUUUACGGGCGGGGGAAUGUUGCCGUUGCAGUCAGGCCUGAAAGGGUUGCGGUAGCAUAACUACCGUGAACGCGCCCCUUUGAUGCGCCCGUUUUUGACGUUUCUUGCCGUCGCUGUAGCAGUGAGGCGCAUAUAUGAAUGUAUGCACACAGAGGUGCGAUAGUGAGUGGGAUAAGCUGAACACGGCCAUCGCUUUCGCACUACUUUGUUUUGUUUACCCCAGCAGCUGUUUUACCCCAGCAGGAGAGUAUAGACUCCAUCGCGAUAGAUGUGUUUUUGUUGUUGUGAAUUAUGUUUUGUGCCGAUUAUUGUACCUAGUAAGUUGUGUAAUUUGUAGUUUAUUAGUUUAUUUGUAGCUUUUUAAAUAUUGUGAAAUCAUAGAUUGUUCGCCACUGUUGUACCGCGGGAAGCAGAUAUGUUUGCAUUUAGUGUAUUACUGUUCAAUUACCGACCUCGCUAAGCCCACCGAAGGUAGAUUGGUAUUGAGGAGUUGCAGGCGUUGAAAAACUAAAUUGUAAGUGUCGAUUGUAAGUUUGUUUAAUGUAAAUAGUUUGUUAAUUUUGAAUAUAUUUUAGUUGAGUUUGUCCGUCAAAAGACCUACUUUUGAAAAUCGUUUUUCAUUCG